CUACCACUUCCUCCCCCAUCCACCUACAACCCCCAGUCCUCGCAACAACAACACCAAGAAACAACCAGCUGGACACCCAGCCCCCUCUCACAAAAUGGGUGGCGACCUCAACUUAAAGAAAUCAUGGCACCCCUCCCUCCUCCGCAACCAAGAGCGCGUCUGGGCGGAAGAAAAACGCGCACUGGAAGAGCGCAAACGCAUCGACCAACUCCGCCGCGAGCGCGACGAAGAGCGCCAAAUCCAAGAACUCCAACGGCUACAAGAAGGGACGGGGAAACCGAAGCAGAUCCAGCGCGUGGACUGGAUGUAUCAGGAGCCUGGGUCCGGAGGGGCAGCUGGGGGUAUGUACGCGGAGGAAAUGGAAGGGUAUCUUUUGGGGAAGAGACGGAUUGAUGGGAUUUUGUUGAAGAAGGAGGGCGGGGAGACGGAGGGGUUGAAGAAGGGGGCGGAGUUUAAUGCGUCGCUUGGUGGUGGGAGUGCAGUGCAGCAGCAGCCGGUGGUGAAUUCGAGGGAUACGAUGGCCAAGGUGUUGGCUGAUCCGCUUUUGGAGAUUAGGAAGAGGGAGGAGAGGAGGCAUAGGUCGAGGUCGCCGGAGAGGAGGAGGAGAGAUGAUCGUGAUCGUGAUGAUAGGGAUAAGGAGAGGAGGAGUGAGAGGGAUCAUAGGAGAGAAAGGGAUAGUGAUCGAGAUUAUCACCGCUCGAGCAGACAUCGGGAGCAUCGUGAUCGUGAUCGUGAAGAUCGAUAUGACCGGCGAGAUCGAUCCCCUGCGGAUCGCCAUCACUCUGACAGACGGCGCAGCGACGAUCGGAGAGAAAGCGAUGGAUACAGAGAUUCUCGGGACCGUGAGCGUGACCGUGAUCGCAGAGACCGCGACCGCGACCGCGAGCGAUCCAGUCGCUACCACCAAGAUAAGAGAGACUACCGUCCCCGAGACAGAGAUACAUACAGCCGCGACAAGCCCAACGCUGAAGAAGCCGAGCAGAAGCGCAAGCAGCAAGAGGAAGAACGGCAACGCAAGCUAGCAGAGAUGCAAGCGAACGCGAGCGAGAUGGAGGAUGCUCGGCGACAGCGCAUUGCGGAAGUCAGUGCUAUUGAAGCGAAGCAGCAUGAAGAAGAUGAGAAGCAUCGCUCGGAGAAGGGUCGCUUUGUGUCUGGGCUGCAUAAACAGCUUCAGGAGGAUAGUCUGGAUGAGCGGAUUAAGCGCAGUCGGGGUGGGUUGGCUCGCUUGGAUGAGGAUUAAUUGUUAUCAUCAUACUAGUUAAAUUUUCAUGAAUGUUGUUGGCUUCGUAUGAUGAUCAUGGGAUAGAUGGAUGAUGUGCUGUGCUCUGGAAGCACGAUACGGAUGCAGUCAUUCUCCUUUCUCAUCAUACCUAUGCUCAACAUGCUAUCUAUGUAUCAUAUACCAAGGAUUUA